CAGAGGCUUAACCCACUGAGCACCCAGGCGCCCCAAGUUUACAAUAUUGUUAAAUAUAGGAUUUGUGAAAUACUGAAGUGUUGUUUGUGCUGUUGAUUAAUGUAGGAUAGUAUUACAGGUACAACUUUACCAAAAUGUUAGAUUGAAUAAAUAAAUUUCCUCAUAUAAUGCCUGCAUUCUACAUUUUCUAAGUCAGGGGCUUUUAGGUUUGGGGAUCAGGAAAGGAAUUAAAUAACCCUAUGAAAAACUUCCUGGCUAAUUUUUAAGCUCACUGAUUUUCAUUUCCUUGUCUGCGGGGUGCCUGGGUGGUGCAUGUGGUUUCAGGCUAGAUCCUGAUCUCAGAGUCCUGGGAUCGAGCCUUGGGUCGGGUUCCAUGUUCAACAUGGGGUCUCCCUCUGUCCCUCCUGGUCCCGCUGUCUUUCUCUCUAAAAUAACAUCUUAAAAAAAAUCCUCAAAAAACAAAAACAACUUGCUGGUUAACUUAUGAAUUGAGUGAUUUUCAUUCCCUUGUCUGAAAAUAGCAAAGAAUAUUCAUAUUUUACUUACUAGCAGUGGUAGCUGAAGCCUUUUCACAUUUGCUUCAGGCAGAUGUGAGAGCCCCCUGCACUGCUCUGAGGGCCCAUGGCAUGCUCUUGUAGGGGGAGUCGGGGUUGCAUGAGGGGUCUCCGGGAUUCACAUUCAUGGUGUCUGGGAAUGGCGGGUAAGACUGGAGUCUCUUGGCUUCUCUUUCCUUGCUCAGCUUUUCCAGCAUAUUGCUUGUACUCUGUGUGACUGGAGCUCCAGAGGAGGCGAGGGGGUGGCGGAAUUCUUGAGAAUGCGACUGCAGGUGAGUAGAGAUGGGAUAUUUCUCUGGAAGGAGGCUCUGCUGCCCAUGGAUGGGAAGCCUUCUCUUGGCCUGAGUCCUCUCAGCGCAUCGGGCUGUGCUUGGGGAUCUGGGCUCCAUUCAACUGUUCUCAGGACUCACGGAUACUUGCGUUUGGUCAGGGAUUGAUCAGGAAGUCCUCUCCUUCGCAACAUUCACACGAAUGUAUCUCAUUCUCCGUUCACGGUGUCCUUGCAGAAGACAGAUAGGCAGGAUUUUCUUAUCCAUUGUGCGGUCUUAGUUGGGAGAUGGUGUACUCCUUAGUAUUAGUAACGUGGUGAGGGGCAUGGUUGGUGCCGGAGGGGACAGGUGUUCGCGCUGUUUUCCAGAGAAUGCAAGAAACCUGUGUGUAAGAGAAGAAAGAAGAAACCAUUUUUCCUCUCAAUUUUAAACUUACAAAGUUCGGUUAACAUAUACUUGAAGUUUGGAAGCUUCCAGAGAUGACUAAAAUUCUCUCUACUACCCUUAUCUCUUUCACUCACUUUCUCUCUUUGUGAUUAAACUUUGUUAAAAUUGGAACUCUGAAAACAGUGCUUGGGGAGUAGUUUUUAAAAAUUAGCUGUGCAUUUGGCAGAAUAUGUGUAGAAAUUAAAAUAAAAUUUAAAAUACUGAAGCACUUUUUGAAGGACCAAGAGAGGCUGGAACUAAUUGAGAGAAUUCUGUUGCCUUUGAACAGAAAAACAGGAUUAAUACACAGAGAACUGAUCCGAGGAUAGCUGCUGUUGAGAAUGGAGAGCUCGCUGCCAGAGGCAUCACUGUGGGGCCACCCUCCAGAAGAGCAGCCCCAGGAGCCCCUCACGAUACUGUCUGCUCUGAUCUCUUCUAAAGAUCAAGAGUCCGUGACCUUCAAAGAUGUAGCCAUAGACUUAACCCAGGAGGAGUGGACCCUGAUGGACAGGUCGCAGAGGAAGCUGUACAUUGAUGUGAUGCUGGAGAACAUCACUCAUCUGGUGUCCGUGGGCUGUCAGUUUUUCCAAGCAGAUGUGAUUUCCCAGUGGGAGCAAGGAGGGGAGCUGUGGAGGGAAGACAGAGGACUUGCCCAAGGCUGGAAUCCAGGCUUAGAAAACAGCUAUAAAAAGGAAGAAACAAUAUCUAUGCAAGAUAUCUUCAAGGAGGACCCAUCUGACUGCGGCAUAAUAGUAAGUCUCCUGAGGACAGACCGUGCCUGUCCGUGUUGCAGGCCUGGGAGUCGGAUAAGUUAAUCACGUAUUGUCAGGGAAUGUGGUCAAAAAUUGAGUUUGGGGAAGAAAUUAGCCUGGAUUUAGACAGUAUUGGCUCUCACAAAAGGAUAAUUUUGUAGACAUGGUUUAUUUGCAUGAAACAUGAUGUCUUCAGAAACACUCAACUCUCCAGUGAAGAUGCUACCCAGGUGUUUUAUAACAAAAGAUUCACGGCAGCCGAACUUUCAGCUUCAA